AUGGCGGGGGUCGCAGCUUACACGCAGGAUGCAACAGCUGCGGGCGCGGGCAUCGCGGCGUCGGCGUUGUGCGGGCUGAAGAUGGGCGUGCGCGGCAGACGCAAGCUGCUCGUCGGCGCGCUGCUCGGCGUCGGAUCCUCCGCGGUCGUGCUCGGCCUCGUGAUCAGGUCUUACAGCUCCAAGAAAGACCGCUCCUCCCGGCGUGAAGACAGCUCGAGCGGAGAGAAGCGCGUGUCGAAGCGGGGGAGGAAACGCGACAAAACGUCCUCCAAGGCCCUUCAGAGCUUCGUGUUCCGGCUCUACCGCUCAAGCUGGCCCCGCCUCGCGGUCCUCUUCGGCCUCGCAGGCUGCCGCACGUACCUCUCGAACCGCCUCGCGCGGCUCCAGGGCUACCUCUUCCGCGCAGCCUACCUGCGCAACGUCCCCCUCUUCGCGCGCAACCUUAUCGAGAAUGCCUGUCUGUGCCUCGUCUCGGCGCUCCUGGAGUCCUCCGUCCGCACCUGGUCCACGCGGCUCGAGCUCGUGUGGCGCCGCAGCCUCACCGAGGGCCUCCACCGCGGCUACUUCGACAACAUGACGUAUUACCGCAUGACGCACGUGGACAAGCGCGUCGACUCCCCCGAGCAGCGCGUGUGCGAGGACGUGCCGAAAUUCUGCUCGCAGCUCGCGGACCUCACGUCCGAGAACAUGUUCGCGCUCGUCGACGCCGCGUUCUACGUCUACAGCCUCCGGGCGUACGCCGGCACCCACAAAUACACCCUGGCGAUGGUGGGGUAUAUCUUCGGGGCCGGGGCGCUCACGACGGUGGUGUCGCCGCCGUUCGGCGCGCUGUACAAGAAGCUCCAGCUCCUCGAGGGGCAGCACCGGUCCCUGCACCACCGCCUCAACGCCAACGUCGAGAGCGUCGCGUUCCUGAAGGGGAUCGCGAAGGAGAGCCUGCACGUCAAGGGGAAGUUCGACCAGGUCACCCGCCACGUGAGCCGAGUGUUGGAUCUUCAAUUGAGGUUUGGUAUCAUCCAGGACUUCCUCCUCAAGUAUCUCGGCGCCACCGUCGCCGUCGUGCUCAUCCUCGGGCCCUUCUUCUCCGGCCCCCUCCGGCCGCAGGCCAACACCGCCUCGCGCGGCAACAUGCUCUCUAUGAUGCGGUACCACACCUCGGUGGUGAUAUCGCUCUUCCAGUCCCUCGGAACUCUUGCUGCCUCGUCUUCCAAGGUGAUGCGGCUCGGAGCGUUCACGGAGCGCAUCGUCGAGAUGGAGAAGGUCGUCCGCGACCUCUCGCAGCCGCGCACGGCGACGCCCGGACGCGCCAUCGCCGCCCCGGAGCCCCAGACGGACGAGGACAUCGAGGGUCUGUUGGCGAAACCGGAGGGGGAGUACGAAGACGCCCCCAACGAGAUUAGCUUCGAGAACGCCAUGGUCGUCACGCCCGGACGCGCCGUGCUCGUCAAGGGCCUCUCCCUGCGCGUCCCGCUCGGCACCAACCUCCUCGUCACGGGCCCGAACGGCGCGGGCAAGUCCUCGCUGUUCCGCGUCCUCGGCGGCCUGUGGCCGCUGGCGCGCGGUAAGAUCCGAAAGCCCGGCGGGUCGGUCUCGGGCGGGCUCGCGGAGGACAUCUUCUACGUGCCGCAGCGGCCGUACGUCACGCUGGGCACGCUGGAGGAGCAGAUCAUAUACCCGAAGAGGCGCGGGGAGGUCAAGCUGGAUACCAAGGAGGUGACGUCGCUGCUGGACUUGGUCGACCUCGAGGGCCUCGUUACAGGGGACUGGCAGACGAAGGAGCGGGACUGGGGCGCGGAGCUGUCGCUGGGGGAGCAGCAGCGGCUCGGCAUGGCGCGGUUGUUCUACCAUCGCCCGCGGUUCGCCAUUCUGGACGAAUGCACGAGCGGCGUCACGAACGACAUGGAGCAGCGGUUCUGCGACCUCGUGCGGGAGAUCGGGUGCUCGUGCAUCACGAUCUCGCACCGGCCCGCCCUCAUGGCCUUCCACGACGUCGUGCUGCACCUCGACGGCGAGGGCGGCUGGUCGGUGCACCACGGCAUGCGGCCCGGAUCCACAGUGGAGCCCGCGGACGCCGCAGGCGACGAGGACGCGGACGCGGACAAGAAGGUCCGCCAGGGCGACUCGGACGCCGUCCUCGCGGGCAUGACGGCCGGCCUUAAGUCCCCCCCCGGCGUGCAGCGGCUGCAGAGCUUUGACGAGGCCAAGCGCGUGCACUCGCUGCCGGACGUGGCGGCCGCGGGCAAGGUCCGGCGCGCCUCGGGCCUCACGCGGAACGACGACUCGCUCAUGCAGCUGUCGGGCAUGCAGGACGACUGGACGACGCACCAGGGCGUGCACAAGGUGACGUCGAGCGAGGGGCUGCACCUGCUCGAGGAGCUCCUGAUCACGGCGCCGGAGCCGAACGAAGAGGCCGAGAGGGAGCUGUCGAAAAAGGCGAUCGAGGCCUCGCGGCCGUUCACGAAGCCGCGCUCGGCCCUGAAGCGCUUUGGGGUGCUGCUCGACAUCCUGGUGCCCAACACGAUGGCCGGGAGCGUGCAGCUGCAGCGCCUCGGGCUCCUCGUCGGCGUCGUGCUCGCGCGCACGUUCGUGUCGGACCGCACCGCGCAGCUCAACGGCCGCACCGUGUACUACGUGCUUCACCAGGACCUCUCCGGCUUCCUGCGCCUCGUUCGGGCCUCCGUGAUCCAGAGUGCGGCCUCGGCGGUUCUGGCGCAGUCGCUCAAGUACCUGACCGACAAGCUGGCGCUGGCGUGGCGCAGGCGGCUGGUCGAGGACCUGAGUCGGUCCUACUUCGCCGGCAACACGCUCUACAUCACGUCGCGCAUGAUGGGCCUCCCUGACGCGGAGGCCCGCGCGACGCGCGACGUCGAGCGCGUCUGCACGGAGCUCGCGGCGCUCAUUCCGACCAUGAUCAAGCCGACAGUCGACAUCUGCUGGUUCUCCCUGAGCAUGUGGCGCCUGACUGGCCGCCGCGGGCUGCUCAUCCUGUACGCCUACAUGGCUGCGGGGUACACCGCGCUGCGCAUCGUCACGCCGGACUUCCAGGGCAUCAAGGCAAAGGAGGCCAGCCUCGAGGGAGCCUUCCGCGCCGUGCACUCGCGCCUCCGCAGCCACGCCGAGUCGGUGGCGUUCUUCGGCGGCGGGCGCAAGGAGGGGUCGACGAUCACGGCGCACUUCCGGGACCUCAUCGCGCACCUGCGCCGCUCCUCGGUCGUGCGCUGGGGCUACGGCGUCGCGGACGACUUCUUCUCGCGGCAGCUGCCCCACAACGUCACCUGGCUGCUCACCCUCCUCUUCGCCCUCGACCAGCCAGACGACUACUCCCUCGAUCUCGACCGCCAGGGCGAGCUCGUCCACAACAUGAGGUACCUCGCGACCGUCGUCGCGCAGAAUUUCGUCGCGUUCGGCGAGCUCCUCUCCCUGAACCGCCGCUUCGCGGAGAUUUCCGGCUCCGUGGAGCGCGUGGUCGAUCUCCGGGACCUCCUCACCGCAGCGGGGCAGCGCGACGCCGCCAUGCAAGCCGCGCUGCUCUCGCGCGACGGCGAGGACGACGAGGCCACGGGCGACGAGAUCACGCUCGACGGCCUCUCGAUCCUCGCCCCCUCGGGACACCUCCUUGCGCGCGAGCUCACCCUGCUCGUGCGGCGCGGUGACAGCCUCCUCGUGACCGGCCCGAACGGGUCCGGGAAGACCUCGGUGUUCCGCGUGCUCGCGGGGCUGUGGCCGAUCAUCGGCGGGCGGCUCAGGCUGCCGCGCGGAGGGAAUGAGCUUGUGCCGUCGGUGGCGUUCGUGCCGCAGCGGCCGUACACGACGGUCGGGACGCUGCGGGAGCAGCUGGUGUAUCCUUUGUCGGUCGCGGAGGCGCUGAAGCUCGAGAGCGAAGACUGUCCGGACAAGCUGGCGGCGCUGGACGAGAAGCUGCGCGAGCUGAUGCGCGACGUGCGCCUCGCGUACCUCCUCGACCGGUACUCGUGGACGCACGAGCAGGAGUGGUCAGAGACGCUGUCCUUGGGGGAGCAGCAGCGCAUGGGCAUGGCGCGCCUGUUCUUCCACAAACCCAAGUUCGCGGUGCUCGACGAGUGCACGAACGCCACGAGCGUCGACAUCGAAGAGUGCCUCUACCAGCGCGCCCAGGAGCUCGGAGUGACCAUGGUGACCAUCACGCAGCGCACGGCGCUGGUCAAGUACCACACGACGGAGCUGCGGCUCGUGGACGGCGCGGGCGACUGGGAGCUGCGGCACGUCCAGGAGACGGACUGA